AUGCAGGAAGGAGACGCUGGUGCUGGGAAGAUUGCAGUCGGUCAGGGUGGCACGCCUCUGGUCGGACAAGGCAAACCAAGCCAAGGUAACUUGGAGCCAGCGAACAAGGUUGUGUGGGUCGAGCGACAACGAAUGCCUGCCACUAGUUUGAAACGGAGUCGAGCUAGAAUGGAGACAAAGUACGAGAGGCGUGGGAAGUUUCGGCCUGCACCCAAGACGUGUCGGCCGAGAGAGCAAAAAGCGGCCGAUAUUCGUGCUGCACUCGCACAACAGGCAGCAGCCAACAUGCGUCUGGAAGCGUCAACAGGGUGGGAAUGUGGGAAGACUGAGUCUGGUCUGAUAUUUUGGACAGGAUGA